ACUGUUUUCCUAGAUUUAAUUGGACAACAUUGCUAGCAAGAAAGCUAACUACUCUGCGUACACUAAUGUAGACAGCAACCACCUAACAUAAAUAUUAAUAGAUACAGUAUGGUAAUAAGUCUCUAUUUUCAUUUAAAAGUACAACUUACCGCCGAUCUCACAGUAUAUACAACAACUUAAAAGCGACACAGUUUUUUGUUAUUUUUCAGAUGUCUAACCAGUAGUUUACGACAGAGACCGCAUUUUACGUUCGUAGCGACAGCGUUGUGGUAUCGCAGAUUAUACAAUCAUCUGGAUGGCUCACCUAGUUCCUCUGUCGCCUAAUGGUCUUUCAGUUACUUUUGUAGAUCUACUAAAACAAAUUUCGACACAUUAACGUCACUAACCAGGACGUGUGUUACAACUAGCUAGCUAAAUAAGUUUCGAAAGACAAACUUAGUUAUUUUAUACUAAUCUUUUUGCUUAGCUGGCCCACUAGUAUAUUACCUAUUAGCAAUUUUGUUGCCAAAGUGACGUCAGCGUCGCCUGAACCGUCGUUUCUGUUGUUAGAUUUGCAUAGGUUUGCUAACGCUAGCCAGUGUACCAGAAUGGAUGUCUUACGUCCACCUCUUAUAAAUAUAAAUGGAAGAAUAUACCGUAGGAAUAUAAUUAAGGAAGAGCAUUAUGAAGAAGAGGAAGAGUUUCCUUUCAUGGGACCAUCAGAGAGUGAAGAGCUUGCAGAAGAUGAAACCUGUGAUGCCCACGUCAUUGAACAGACUGAUAAAGGAUACCGCUGUGCCAUUGAUGUCCCAAGUGUUCUUUACAAAUAUAUCAUUGGGAAAAAAGGAGAAACGCGUAGACGUCUGGAGUCUGACACGAAGACAUCUAUCAGCAUCCCAAAACCAGGAGUGGAAGGGCAGAUUGUCAUUACAGGUUCCAGCAAAGCUGCAGUUUCAUCUGCUGUCACUCGAGUCGAGGUGCUUGUUGAGAGCUUUCGGAAGAAGCAGCCCUUUACGCACUUUUUGUCAUUCCCUCUAAAUGAUUCCAAAAUUCAAGAGGGAUUCCUGAGAUUUAAAGACAAGGUGCUGGAGCAGUGUUCACAGGAUCAUGGAGUAGAGGAAAGCAUCUUUCAGAACCCUGCAAAGCUUCACCUGACAGUUGGCACCCUGGCUCUAUUAAAUGAAGUGGAAGUGAGAAGAGCAUGUGAACAUCUCCAGGAGUGUCAAAACUUCAUCAGAGACAUCACUGAAGGAAAACCUCUGCUACUAGAGGUGACAGGCAUAGAGUACAUGAAUGAUGACCCAGCCAUGGUGGAUGUUUUGUAUGCCAAGGUCAAUGUGAAAGAUGCAUCUGACAAGUUGCAGGUGAUUGCAGACAGACUGGUAGAGCAUUUUGUCUCUGCUGGGCUGAUGGUCAGAGAGUGGGACAGAGUGAAGCUACAUGGCACUGUGAUGAACACUCUGUUCAGAAAGGACUCCACAGUGGAAGAUACGUGCGCUGGAGGAAGACAAACCGUCAGUGAAAGAGAGGCUUUUGAUGCCAGAAACAUACUAAAGAAAUUUGGUGCUCAUUGUUUUGGAGAGUUUGAGCUGAAUACUGUCCAGCUGUCCCAGAGGUAUUCAACAGACUGCACUGGAUACUACAGCUCUGCAGGGAGCAUCAACUUCUCUUGAUCUCAUGCACAGCUGAGCAAAUACUGAGGUCUUUGAUGAACACGGCAGCAGGAUGGAAAAUGUUUGGAGAUGCUCGCUGAUGAAGACGUUCUUGGCUGACAGUUGGGCAUGGACAUAAAUAGAUUUGGAGGAAAACACUGCAGCCUCUUUCCUGAAUCAUUUGCUGAAAUCAGCUGUAAAAUUGGAAUUUGGGUUGUUUGAUUCCUGACAAAUAAAAACCGCCCGCUCCUGGCAGGCAGUUUGAUUUGUCAGGAAUAAACAAAUGUGUAAUGCAUCCACCCAUGGCCUGUUGAAAUUAAUUGUUGUGUACUAGGAAUUCCUGAAGUGAUCUUUGUGGAGUUGUUACAUCACUUACAACCAAUGUACAGCUGUGAUAAGGAGCAAAGCUCCUGCUGACCUUUAUGAGCUGUUUGUGAAACAGAAAAGGGACGUGUUGUUUACAUUUGUAGAUGGCAAAUAUUUAACAGAUAAGAAAGCCUUCAGAUUUUUGCUGCAUGCAGUCUUGCCUGAUAUUCAAAUGAAGCUUCCCAUCCCCCUGUUCCUUUUGUGUAAACUGAUUACACUUGGUGAAGGAUUGAUGUGUUUUAUCUGCCUAGAGAGGAACAGGAGAAACUGAUGGCAUCAGUUAAUCCCUUUACAAUUAAAGGCACUCUUCCACAGCGUAACCUCUUGAUAUGUAGAAGAAGCUGUUAAACAAGUUGCAUGGAGCUGCUUUUAUGUUUAAGAUGCAAGAGGCUGUAUAUCAUGCUUUUUGAUACAUGUGAGAUUACAAGUUUUGGUUAAAUGAACAUGAAUAUUACCAUGUGACACACAUUAAAAGCAUCGGAGUCUA